AUUCCUAAUAACAAGCUUGUAUUUCCUAUUACUAAUCACGAAAAAGUAGAAGAUGCAAUGAAACUAAUUAGCGAAAAUUUUACAUACAUUAAUAUCCCAACAUAUAUCUUCAACUUUCCAGAUCUCCCUAAACCAACUUGGAACAUUUUCGCCACACCAACAAACAACAUCAAAUACACUGAUGAAGACAUGGAAAUAACUUAUAAUUCAAAUAACAAUAAACAAUAA